AUGGACAUGAUGAUAUUGUUCAUUGCAACAUUUUGUGGACUUGGGUCAAGUUUGACAGAAGUAGACAAUUUGGGUCAAAUUGGUGAGUCUCUGGGAUAUCCAACCAAAACAAUAAGCACAUUUGUGUCCUUGGUGAGCAUUUGGAACUACUUUGGGAGGGGCUUUUCUGGGUUUGUCUUUGACCUAAUGGUAAAGUGGAAGGUUCCAAGAACACUCAUGAUGACCUUUAUGCUUGUUCUUUCAUCUCUUGCCUACCUCUCCACUGCCUUCCCAUUCCCUGGUUCAGUCUAUGUGGCAUCAGUGAUCAUUGGAGUUUCUUUUCGUGCUCAAUUGACAUUGCUUUUCACAAUAAUUUCUGAGUUGUUUGGCCUCAAGUACUGA